AUCAUCAUCACCAUUGCCACCCCAUGAAGACAUCCCAUCAUCUUAUAUAUCAUUCUUGUAGAUCUCCAUCCAUCACAUUAACUACUUUAACCAAAAAAACCCCAAGAAAACAAGUCCGCUUGCAAUUACAAUGAGAAAGCCGGAGUCUAUUGGGAAAGACGAUGUCGACGGAGCGAAAACUAUUAACAAGAAGAAGAUGAUGAUGAGCAAGCUUAGGAAGGGGUUGUGGUCACCAGAGGAAGAUGAGAAGCUGAUGAUGUACAUGCUAACCAAUGGACAAGGCUGUUGGAGUGACGUUGCAAGAAAUGCUGGUCUCCAAAGAUGUGGAAAGAGUUGUCGUCUUCGUUGGAUCAAUUACUUGAGGCCUGACCUCAAGCGUGGUGCCUUUUCACCCCAAGAGGAAGAGCUUAUCAUCCAUUUCCAUUCAAUUCUUGGCAAUAGGUGGUCACAAAUUGCUGCACGUCUUCCAGGACGAACGGACAAUGAAAUAAAGAAUUUUUGGAAUUCAGCCUUGAAGAAAAGGUUGAAAAAUAACAAUAUGUCCACGUCCACAUCGUCACCAAACGAUAGUGAUUCCUCUGAUCCCAGAGAUCCUGUCGUUGGAGGAACGUUUAUGCCUAUGCAUGACCAUGACAUGAUGACCAUGUACAACAUGGACUCAUCAUCCUCAUCAUCCACAUCCAUGCAAGCCAUGGCCGUUAUCAGCAACACCUUAUUCAAUCCCUUCUAUAUGCUCGACAAUCGUUAUGACAUGGCCCAUGCAGACGACGUCGUUGUAAAUCCUACAUGUUUCCCACACUUACCAAACAUUGGAGAUAAUCAGGGGCAUUAUGGGGAUUAUGGAAACUUAGAGGGUGGUCAUAAAAUGGGGUUAGAAGGUGACCUUUUUCUUCCUCCACUCGAAAGCAGAAGCAUUAAGAAUAAUCUGAAUGGUCAAUUAGUAGCUGACAAUAUAAGCAACAAGAAUAGUAGUAUUAACAACUACCACUUCCAUAAUAGUUGCUUUAAUAACACGGAACUGAUCGGGUUUAAAGUAGAUGAAGAGGAGGACAUGUUUGGAUUUGGAAAUAUUAAUGGAGGGCAAGGAGAAAACGUAAGAGUGGGAGAAUGGGAUUUUGAGGGUUUCAUGCUGGAUACUUCCUCCUUUCUCUCUUAAAGAAGAGAGCAGAGCUACGUAAAUCCGUAUAUAGCUAAGGCAUUUGCAAAACAAUUUUUUGGCUCUUGUUUACUUGGCCAAAUAAACCUUUAGUGCAUAUAUGAAAUAAUAUUGUUCCUUUAGACAUCAGAAAUGUCAAUAGUGAUGUAAGUAGAGAAUAGAAUAAGAGGACUGUUUUGUAUACAAGAUAAUAAAAAUUUGGAGGUGGAAGUUGGUAGUGAAAGAUGAGAUGGAUGUAAUCGCAUUAUGUAAACAAACGUUGCUAAGGAGCAAAGUAGAUUCAAUAUAUUCAAUGUUC